AAAUCAGCCAUUUUUAUCCAAAUGGAAACGGAAAGAAGAAAUCAGUGCAUUGAAUUGAAUUGAAUUGAAGAUACAUAUAUUGGCAAAGGCAUGUUUGGAUGGGAGAGUCACAGGGAUUGUUGCGCCUUUUCUGAUGCUCAAAUGACUCGGAGAAUCCAAGCUUGAUCAAACAUGCCUCCGGUUUCAACGCCUCGAAACUCAGCUUACCUCACUGCUCUCACCCAGGAGAUCGAGAAAAAGCUUCAACGCGCAUUGACCUCGCCGUCUCAGAGGCGCGAUUUGUUGCAGCAGCUAUUCGCGGACAUAGCUUUGGAAGUUGAUGAUCGAGCAAAAGAAAUAAUUUUUGGCAGUGAAGAUGUAAUAUCUGCCGCAGAGGAAAGGAUAGAAGGCCCAAUAAGUUUUUUUGAUGUGCUUGCUGACCAUUUCAUCCUAGUACCCCACAAUGGGAAAGCAAUCCUUGAUUUGAUUGUUCAACUAUGGAGCCAAUCCUUUUGUUCUAAUAUCUUUACCUUGUUGUUUCACAAGUGGUUGUUUGAGGUUGAACUUGACAAUUCUGAAGUCCUUCUCCGGUACUCUUCAGCUCUUGUUCAAGGUGCUACUAAUGUAUUCUGGAUUGAUAUCCAAACCAACACAAGACGCUUUCAGAGUCUCUUUCAGUAUCUUCUUGAGGAAGUUUCUCUUGUUCCUGAUCGGUUAAAGAAGAUACCCUUGCAGGUGCAGCGGAGUUUGUUUCUCCUUCUCUCAAGGUUCCUAUUUUUCUAUGACUCAGUUGAAAAGCUAGAAACCUUCUUGAAGCAAUUUCCUGAUUAUCCGAAUUCUUUCUUGAUUGGUGGUCCAGCUGAUAUUUUUGUUACUGAAUUAGCUGAUCAGCUUCAGAAAUUAAAGGUCGAGCCAGUGCUAUUGUAUUACCUCUCUCAGACAAAAGUUCUCAGUGGAUUAGAAUUGAGAAUGGCGACAAGUACAAGGCUGAAAACUUGCCUAUACAGCUUCACGAGCCCUGGAGCUCCCAUGUAUCCAACACGAGCUGUUCGUCAUGCUGCAUGGAAUGCACUUAAUCUACUUUUUCCUGUUGGGAGAUAUCCUCGGCACCUUAUAAGCCUCUUCUUUCGCCUGCUAUACCCGUGGUACUGGCCUGCUUCGUGUUGGAACUUCAUAAAGUCGUGCAUAAUGGCGGUAUUAUAUUCAAUACUGAGAUUGAUUUUCUCUGGUUGGGAAAAAUUAAGAAAGCAAAAAGAACAGUAAAUCCAGAAUGAUUGAUUGUCUGUCAGGGUGUUUUGUUGCAAGCUGGGAAAAAUGGUUAGUCGUAGGAACAGCUUUUGUAUUGUAGUAGGUAGCUGCACUGUUAAUUGAGAUUUCCAGUCUGUAAUCAUCAUAAACAACGCUAGUAGUGCCAUGUUAUUUCCAUGAUUGUUUCUUUGUUGCUUGUAUCGAAUGAAACAAACAGAAAAUAUUUAAGAGAA